AUGAACCCGCAAUGUUCAAAAUGUAAAGCGGCAAUUAGGAAAUAUAACUACUCCGUCAAAGAGAUAGAAAGAAUGAGAAACGACUAUGCAGACUUAAAGAAAGAAGCAGAGAAGCCGGUAGAAAAUAAAAUGGACAUGUUAGAAUUUCUGAACAAAAACUAUCCAACUGCUGACGAUUUCCUUCUAUCUGAUGUCAAGAAGAAAUAUAAAGAGACUUUCGGCAUAGUUAAAACAUUCGAUAUCCUCAGCGAAGAAAUAGAAGCUACAAAACUGUUUAGAGUCUCACGAAUUCAUAACGUUUACCAUGUGAAACGUUUAUAA